UCAAAGUAAUUGAUUAUGAGUUCAAUUGAGUCGGACAGUGCAAUUUGUUCAUGACGCAGCUUAGCAGUAUAUAAGCCCAGGUGAACACUCCUGUUACCUUCAUCCAUAGGUCAACCAGCGAUCAGCCAAGGGAGCAAGUCAAUCCGUGCGCCAUGGCGAUGGACUCUUACUACUAUUCCAUGCUCUUCCUCCUCCCUCCGAUGCUCUACAUGUCCUAUCACCUCACCAGAACGUUCGCCGACAAGAAGCCCACCACCCAUGGCCUCAAGGCGCACCCGCUGCUCGGCCACCUCCCGGCGUUCGUCAAGAACAGCCACCGCUUCCUCGACUGGACGACGGAGCUCAUCGUCGGCAGCCCGGAGAUGAGGAUGGGAUUCUGGAUCCCUGGGAUGCGCACCGGCAUCAUCACCGGCAACCCGGCCGACGUCGAGCACAUCCUGCGCGCCAACUUCGCCAACUAUCCCAAGGGGGAGCACGCCAUUGGCAUGCUCGAGGAUUUCCUCGGCCAUGGCCUGUUCAACUCCGACGGCGAGCAGUGGCAAUGGCAGCGCAAGAACGCUAGCUACGGGUUCAGCACGCGCUCCCUGCGCAAGUUCGUCGUCGACGUCGUGCAGGCCGAGAUCGCCGACCGCCUCCUCCCGCUGCUCCGCCGCGCCGCAGAUGGUGGCGGCGAUGCCAUCCUCGACUUGGAGGACGUGCUCCAACGAUUUGGGUUCGACACCAUCUGCGCAGUGGCGUUCGGGCACGACCCGCGCUGCCUCGCCGACGGCGGCGUCAUGGAGGAGGCCAAGUCGGAGUUCAUGCACACCUUCGGCGAGGCCCAGGACCUCGUCGUCGGUCGCUUCUUCGACCCCAUCGAGGUCUCCUGGAAGAUCAAGAAGUGGCUUAACGUCGGCACCGAGCGUCGCCUGAGGAAGGCCAUCGCCGACGUCCACGCCUUCGCCAUGGACGUCGUCCGCACCCGGCGCCAGAGCGCGUCCGUGCAAGACAGAGACGACGUCCUGUCAAGGUUCGUGGCGAGCGACGAGCACAGCGACGAGGUCCUCCGUGACAUCGUCCUCAGCUUCCUCAUCGCCGGCCGCGAGACGACGGCGUCGGGGCUGACGUGGUUCUUCUGGCUCUUGUCAUCACGGCCGCACGUGGUGACACGCAUCGCCGACGAGGUCCGCGCGGCGAGGAAGGCAACCGGGACGCGCCCCGGCGAGCCGUUCGGGUUCGACGCGCUCCGGGAGAUGCACUACCUCCACGCGGCGCUCACCGAGUCGAUGCGGCUGUACCCGCCGGCGCCGAUCGACUCGCAGUCGUGCGCGGCGGACGACACGCUCCCCGACGGCACGGCCAUCCGCGCCGGCUGGUCGGUGACGUACAGCGCGUACGCCAUGGGGAGGCUCGCCGCCAUAUGGGGCGAGGACUGCAUGGAGUACAAGCCGGAGCGGUGGCUCGGCGAGGACGGCGCGUUCCAGCCGGCGAGCCCGUUCCGGUUCACGGUGUUCCACGCCGGGCCGAGGAUGUGCCUGGGGAAGGACAUGGCGUACGUGCAGAUGAAGUCCAUCGUUGCUAGCUUGCUGGAGGAGUUCGAGGUCGACGUCGUGAAGGAGGUCGCCGGCGGCGGCGUGCCGGAGCACGUGCUCUCGGUAACACUGAGGAUGAAGGGUGGGUUGCCUGUGAAGAUACGGAGAAAGACGGAAGCUUUACUAGAGGAGGAUGCUUGUCAAAGUGAGUGAUGGUGCGGCACUCACUCAAAAAAUGUUUGUCAUGGCAUUGUUCUGGAUGAGCAAGAAAUGCAAGAUUUGCAGACUUGUCAGCUAAUAUGUACACGAGUGUUUGUACUGUAAAUUACGUGUAAACUAUAUAAUGCCCUGCACUCCUGAAGAGUGAUGGAGGAUGUUGUAAUCUGCAGAGAUCUGCAAGUCUGAAAUCGUCACCUAUAAUGAUCAAGAUAUCUUAUCAUUGUUUGGCAAA